CUGUCAAAUAUUGUUUUUUUCCUCCUCGCCAUCGCGCGAUGGUGUGCACUCGUUCCUGUUCGACUCGAUUUGAAUUGGCCGAGAAAAGUCAGGGCGCUGUGUAACGAGUCGCAAAAUUCAUUGAAUUUGCACGCCUUAGAUCGGUUGAUUUUCCAGUAGCCGUGAACAAUCCAAUUCCGCAGCGAGAUGACAACGUGCCUGCGGCAUUUUUACACUCGCUUCAGUUCAUUGAAUAGUUUUAAUUUGGCUCGACGUAAAAUUGCAUGUGCCGCGGCCGCUACAGCCGCCGACGAAUGGUCGCAGGGGGUGCAGCAUUCGGCUCGAAGGUUUGGCCCUGAUGUCAGCCGUCGGGGCUGUGAGGUGAAUGAAAGUCGCCCGAGCCUCGAUGCUCCCUGGGAGGCGAACCUGAGCCGCAAUGCAGACGUUUUGAUAUUGCCAAUGGGAGAUGUGAGGCAGCUGGUGAUGUCACAAUCACAACAACCCCAGAAGGAAGUGCCCGACCAGAGUUCGACAGACGGAAACGACAUUCAAAAGGUGUCUGCGGACUACCAAAAACCAUCACCCAAAAGCACGGAUCCGAGGCAGCCGAAACUCGAGCAUCUGAACCACGCGUUCGACGUUCUGCAGAACACGCUCCCUAAAUUAUUCAUUCAACCCCUAGAUUACUCCAUUUACAGCCCAAAUUUGAUUUUCGAGAAUAACAUUAGGAACACAAGGACGAUAGGACUUUACCACUACAUCAAGCAGAUCGCCUUCCUGCGGACAAUCGGGCACUUGAAGUACGCGUACGUGCGGUUCGAGAUCCUGAAAAUGACCAAACACCCAGACGACUUUACAAUCAAGAUCCGAUGGCGUAUCAGGGGCAUCUCCGGGCUGAAAGUAAUGUUUCAGUUCUGGAAAUUCAAGCUGUGGAAGUUGAAGGACGCGUUCGAGGAGCAGGAGUCGUGGUACGACGGAUUCUCAACAUUAUAUUUAGGAGAAGACGGACUUAUUGAGAAGCAUAUCGUUGACAAGGUCAUGCCUGACGAAAACAAGGAGGAAGUGUUGACCCUCAACACGCCCGUCUCACCUAAACUCGCAAUGUUCAUGGGCGGUCUGUCGGUGUCGGCGGAAUUAACGCCAUUCGUUUCAUGAAUCGGCUGCCGUGCAAGCGUUGGAAGUUUCCGCCGCCACUUCAAACAAUUGUGAUUAAUUUAUAGAGAUUUGUAUGUAAAUUCAAAUGCCCUCGAUAGACCAACAUAGCUGCAACGGGAACACUGGAAACUGCACAGGCGACGCCACGAAAUUUUAGUUGAUCACGCCGCGAUCAUUUGAGCCACAAAAGUUUUCAAAGUCGAGACCCAACCUCGUAUCCUAUUUUAGUUCUAAAUAUUUAGUGGCGGAAUCGUCCUAAACAAUACCGCAGUGCACGCUUAAAAUUGCAUGUAGGAAGGUGUAGGAUUCAUCUUGAAAUAUUUCCCCUGAUAUGUUGCUCUCCGGCGUCUGUAAAUAUAAUUAAUUUAAUUGGA